AUGCGACUAGUGCGAUCCCGGGCAUCACAGGGUGCUACCAGAGUUCGACCGGUUUCUGGCUCUUCAUACCAUUUCUUCUCCUUUCCGCGUUCGAACUGGGUGGACUCCUUAUACUCACGCUCAUACGUGCCAUACAGAGCUGGCGGAUAAACCCAAGCCGUCUGUACGUUGUCCUGGUGAAACAUAACAUAUUCUAUUAUACAUGUGGUUUUUGUGAGUUAACACUCACACCCGCCAUUUUUCCGUGUUCAUACAUGAUCAUUUCUCUUUCCUGAAGUGUUCUCAGUGGUGAACAUAUUCACAUCGCUGCUCCUCCAUUAUUCCUACCAAUCCAUGU